ACAUAUUAGUCGGUUAUUCGAUUCUUUCACGUCAACACUAAAGUACUCACUUAUCCGAUUGUCAAAGAAUUCUUUUAUAUUAAUAUCUACAUUAUAACAAUUACGAAAGCUUCUAGCGUUAUAUAUAUAUAUAUAUAUGUGAAUUCGCAUUUACGGUUUUCCCGCUUUUUUAACGCAACGACAAGCAUUUUAAUCGAAUAAAUAGUUUUCCUGAAAGUUCCCUAGAGCAAUAUAUAGAUAGAUCAACCGGAUGCAUUUACAUACGAUGCGAUGUACAGCCUCAACAAAGCCGAUCGCGACAAAUUCUACUGUGAAGACCAAGUUGGUUAAUAAAUUCGGCGUAAAGACGGGACAAUAGUCGAUAGAAGAAACGAACGAGUGAGCGAACACGAGCGAGCGAGCGAGCGAACGGACGAACAAGCAAGCAAGCAAGCGCGCUUCUUUCGACGCCAAGAGUUAGCGGCGCGUUCCCGCGACGCGCUUUUGCUAAAAGCGUUAUUCGCCCUCCGAGACGAGGAUUUACCUUUGCCGAUACUUUCAAGGAUCUUCAAAAGGAUGAUCCUCUCACGUUCUUCACUAUGAAGGAUGCAAUUCAGCCGAAAGGAACUAACAGCAUAAACAGUACUAAAACUAAACCAUCAUUAGAGAUUUAUCGGCCACCAGGUGGAAGAACGGAAGGAACAACGGCGAACGUUACUAAUCCACGAUUAAACGUACAUGCUAAGGAGUUCACUAUGAAGCAAAACGAUUCGCAUCCAUCUAAGUCUCGGACGAAUGCUUCAGAGCGUACCCCGUAUUAUCUACAGCACAGCAAAUCGAGUGGGAAUGUUCAUCGAUAUCUCUACGCUCAGCAACAACAGCAACAGCAACAACAACUCCAUCAUCCUUUGCAUCAACAUAGACAUUCUCAUGGUAGCCAUCAUUCGAGCUCAUCGAGACAGGGACAUCCGUUAGAAAUGGUUGCUUCCAGCGGAAGUAUCUUACACGGUACAAAUAGGGUACACUUUAACGUGGAUCAAAAUGAAGGCAAAUCUAGUACACCAAAAGUAGGAAGACUUACGAAGUCUUUAUCCUUCGUGUCCACUUAUGGUUUGAAACGUUCAAAAAGUCUGAACGCCGCUGAUGCUCUGGCUGCUAAAGCAAUUAAUAUCUCUGAUGCUUCAGAAUUAGGAAAGUUUCCAGGCCCUGUUCAAGACACCCUUUUAAGAGCCAUCGAUGAUCCAAAUAUAUUGAAUGCACGUUCGCUUAUGGAACUUGUACGACAUAUAUUAGAACGGACCGUUGAAAAUCGUCGAUAUGCGGAACCAGCGGCAAAAAUUUGCAUUACUAUAAUAGAGAAAGAAAGCAACGAGACCUUCUUGGAAUCUCUCUUGAACAUAUGUCAACAAUGGUACCAAGAUCGUACGAGAAUACUUCGAGAUGAAUCAGGUUGUCACCGUUACUCGGCCUUCAUGAUGUUCCUCAACGAGAUGUACUGUCAGCUGAAACGACGACAACUUCAACUCAAGACGCAGCAAGAAGGUGUACCGCCAGGUCGUGUGCUUCUAACAUUACUCUGGAAAUGUUGUCAAGAUUGCUUGCAACCACCGGUUGUAAAUUCUCUCGCCGAGACGGAUUGUCUCUUCUUCAUUCUCACCUGUAUUGGCAAGGAUCUUGAUGCUGAAUUACCGGCACAACUUCAACAACUACUUGGAAGUCUACGAGACGCCUUUCUAGCCGACGAGACGACUCUCCCAUCCGUGAGGAAAACGCUUUUACAAUUGAUUGAACUCCAUGCCGCUCAUUGGCAAUUACCAGCACCAGCAGUCGUCUAUUAUUAUCCUGGAUCGACUUCCAAAUGAUCUUUGUUCUUUUUUUCGGUCCAUCCAUCCAUCCAUCCAUCCAUCCAUCUAUCCAUCCAUACAUCUAUCCAUACAUCUAUCCAUCCAUCCAUCCAUCUAUCCAUCCAUCCAUCCAUCCAUCCAUCCAUCCAUCUAUCCAUCCAUUGGUCUUCACAUUACUUUGUGUGUCUGCGUUGUCAGAGCUCGAACUCGCAUACGUGCGUUCAUUCACGUUUUAUUUUUUUCUACUCGAUUGAAAAACUUUUCACGGAUUGAUUCUUUUAACGGACCAUUCGAUUUCUCUAUCUCUAUCUCUAUCUCUUUCUCUCUCUCUCUUUCUCUCAUUUCCUAUUCCUCUUUAUUUUCUUUUAUAAAUCACGACGAACGUGUACGAUAUAUACAUGUAUAGGUACACACACACACACACACACAUAUACAUCAUACAUAUAGCAAUCGUGCCAUUCGUAAAAUAAUCCUGUGUUUUCUGAUAGGAGCAAAACAAUAAUAUCCUCGCUUCGAUGAAUCGAAAGGAAGAAUGCAUUUAAAAGCUUUUUUUUUCUUUGCUUCCUCCUUUCCUUUAUCACCCAAUGAACUUCUCUUGUGACAUGACUUAUAUGAUGCUUAUAACAUCAAUAGCCGUGAUCUCGUUUAUAUAACGAAGUAAUAGCUCCCCUACCUGUAUAUUUUUGCAUUUCCAUGGAUUAUAAAAAGCUCGCAUCAAAGAUUCUUCAUUGCAACCGUCGGCGAUACGGAAUAUUGAAUAUCGAACGUUGAACAGGAUAUUAAAAAUAUUCUUUUCAUUAUAAAGAAUUCGUUUGCUAAAGAAUAAUAUCAGAAAAUUCUUGCUUUACUUAAGCAAAUCAUUCACAAAAUAAAAAAGAAAAAUAAAUAGAAGAGAAAAAAAUAUAUAUAUAUAUUCAAGAAAACAAACAAAAUUAAUUGGAGAAUAAUUUAGACGUAAUACAAGCUAAUGAAAAAUUCAUUAUUUAUUUGCUACUUGAGUGAUUGAAAAAAAAAGAAAAAAAAAAAAAAAAAAAAAAAAAAAUUAAAGGAAAAAAAAAGAAAAAAAAAAUUAAAGAAAAAAUCAUUGAAGAUAACGAAUGCAAAUAUUUCUUUCAUUUUGCAAACCAUCAUACGGUAUAUUAUACGAGUAUAUUUAUUUUACGAUAAAACGUUUCUCAUAGAUUUAGACAUAUAACAAGAGUUAUAACGAAAGAAAAUAAGAAGCAAUGAGGUGCAUUGUAAUCUUGUAAUUGGAUUAAGUAAAUCAACAUUGAAUUGUAUAUGCGUAUAUCUAAUAUUAUUUCUUUUUUUUUUUACUCUCUUGAAUGAUCGUCCAAAGUUUCCUUUUGCUUCCUGGAUUGAAAUAACUACCGUUAUUUUGUCGAAUAUAUAAGGUGAAAGACCUCCGUAAUAUAAAUCGCUAAAAAUGUAUUCAAGGCACGAAGAGACGUAUUCCGACUGGAACGUAUGGUCUCAACGAGGGAAGUAUACUCGGACGAUCUCUACCAAAUGUAACCGUCUUUGCCGAUUCGUGCCAAGGGCGAUAAAAAUCGACCGGUAGUCGAGUAGGCGCGAUCACUCUUUGUGCGGAUUGAGUCAUAACACAAGCCUCUGUAUAUAUAUAUACACACAUGCUUUUAUAUACUUGCAUAUAUGUAUAGGUAAAUACAUUGCACCUGUGAUUCUCAGGCAAAAGAAUGCGAUCGCCAAAUAUCUCUCAUGCGCGUGACGUUGACUAUAUACGAAUAUCUAUUUAAUUAAGAAAAAAGAGAAAAAAAAAAAGAAAAAUAUGGUUACAAUUGUUACUCUUAAAAGUGAACGUUUUCACUGGGAAUGAUAUUAAUGUCUACUUAAAAAAAAAAAAAAAAAAAAAAAAGCGAACUUUAGAAAGGAUCAGUGCAAAUUGAACUUGAGUCAUGUCAUACAAACUCCAAUUAUUCGCUUGAUUCUGAAAAGUAAACUUUCUCGUCAAGGUUGUAAGAUUAUGAACGAUUAAAAAAUAGCAAGGAAACGAUAUGGAUUAUUGCGGAAGAAAACUUGCUUAUCCGUGAGACAUACCAUUCGAUAGGUUUUCUAUUCUACCAUAUAUAUAAAUAUUUAUUUAAUGUCAUAAAACAAAACGAGUUAUCCUUAUUAAAGAUUAUGAAAACCAUGCGGUUAACUACAUCACCAUUAAAUUUCUUGUAAGUAAAAACUAUCUUAGGAUAUGUGAUUGAAUAUAUUACGUUAAAUGAAAAAUGUAUACGAUCUCUCAAUUUUCAUCGUUUCUUUUCUAAUUCUCUGAGAGAUUUUUCCAUAUAUUUUAAUUUACAUAUAAACUUUCUCGAGCGUCGGGUUAUAUAGAAAACAGUAAAAAGAAAAGAAAAUACUGCUGCGAUAUUGUCUAGACUGUGUCAAGAAGAUGACUCAUAUGGAUCCAGAAGUUAAAAGAGUAUCUCACGAUGAGGGUCGCUACAAAUGUUGUUAAGAGAAUCCUUCUUCGUCGAAAGGAUCAGAAAGAAAGAAAAAAAAAAAAAGGAAAAAAAAGAGAAAAAAAAAGAGAAAAAAGAAGAUGAAACGUUGAAGCACGAGGCUAGUGAGGAUCGUCGUGAAGCGACGACCUUGAAACGUACUCGAGGCACAGAGAGACUCGGGAGAGGUUUCGCCUUGGGUAAUCGGUGCCGCGGACUUAAAAACUAGGCCUGCGCAUAUGGUGACGUCACGAACGAUGCCGCCUCGGUAAAACGUGCCGACUGGAGAAAGGAAUCGCUUGCGAGUAAGAAACUUUGGUGGGGGUCUGCUUUGGUAGAGAGAGGCUUUACGUAUAGAACGAACGGGUAGGCUCAUUCGUUCUUGUUGAAAGGAAAGAGAGAAGAAGAAUAUGAGAAGAGAGAAGGAGAAAGACAGUACACCAGUCUGGUGGUGGCUGGUAAGAACGAAGCAAGUAGACCGGCGACUUUCACCGUGCAGCUAAGAUCGACUGGUGUCGGUUCGUGGGUUGUUUCUUAACAAACUUGGGCCACGCUCUUAGGCCAAACCACGUUACAAAAAUCCAAGAGAAAAAAAUUAAAAAAAA